CCGGACCGGACGACUCUGCUCCUCAUGGUCUUCUACUGCCCCGCCUUUCGCCCUCUUCUGUCCCACCGAAUGACGGAAGAGUUGCUCCGUAAGCCUUUUCGGGUCUGACAUCUUCGAACUGCUUCUCCCUUUUCUUCCGUCUCUUCUCUCUCCUUUCUUCUUUUCCUCUUUCUCUUACCUAUAUCUUCAUCCUUCCAUCUACCUUCUUUGGGGCAGUCAUAUUGAUACUGCUAUACUUACUACUUCCUUAAUACCCCCUCAGGAAAAGUCCUCCCCACUCUCUCAUAAUGGCUGACCAGGCAGUCGCCCGCUUGGCCGGCAUCAAUGUCGGCGCACCGGCGCGCCCUCUUCCUAGUGCUGACUUCGGUCUGAUCGGUUUGGCCGUCAUGGGUCAGAACCUGAUCAUGAACGUCGCCGAUCACGGUUUCACUGUUUGCGCUUACAACCGCACAACUUCCAAGGUUGACCGCUUCCUUGACAACGAGGCCAAGGGUAACAAGAACAUUGUCGGUGCUCACUCCAUUGAGGAGUUCUGCGCCAAGCUGAAGCGUCCCCGUCGUAUCAUGCUCCUUGUUAUGGCUGGAAAGCCCGUCGACCAGUUCAUUGAGUCUCUCCUGCCCCACCUUGAGGAGGGCGAUAUCAUCAUUGAUGGUGGUAACUCCCACUUCCCUGACAGCAACCGCCGCACCAAGUACCUUGCCGAGAAGGGCAUCCGCUUCGUCGGCAGCGGUGUCUCUGGUGGUGAGGAGGGCGCCCGUUACGGCCCCUCUCUCAUGCCCGGUGGUAACGAGCAGGCCUGGGACCACAUCAAGGAUAUCUUCCAGAGCAUUGCCGCCAAGAGCGACGGCGAGGCUUGCUGCGACUGGGUCGGUGAUGAGGGUGCCGGCCACUACGUAAAGAUGGUCCACAACGGUAUCGAGUAUGGUGACAUGCAGCUGAUCUGCGAGGCCUAUGAUAUUCUCAAGCGUGGUGUUGGCAUGCCCGUCAACGAAAUCGCCGAAGUCUUCGCCCAGUGGAACAAGGGUGUCUUGGACUCAUUCUUGAUCGAAAUUACCCGCGAUGUUCUUCGCUUCAACGACGACGAUGGCACUCCCCUCGUUGAGAAGAUCCUUGACAAGGCCGGCCAGAAGGGAACCGGCAAGUGGACCGCCAUCAACGCUCUUGACCUUGGUAUGCCUGUCACCCUGAUCGGCGAGGCUGUCUUCUCUCGUUGCCUCAGUGCCAUUAAGGACGAGCGUAUCCGCGCCAGCAGCCUUCUCCCAGGCCCCACUCCUCAGUUCACCGGUGACAAGCAGGCUUUCAUCGAUGACCUGGAGCAGGCCCUUUAUGCUUCUAAGAUCAUCUCCUAUGCCCAGGGCUUCAUGCUCAUGCAGGAGGCUGCCAAGGAGUACGGCUGGAAGCUUAACAAGCCUUCCAUCGCCCUUAUGUGGCGUGGUGGCUGCAUCAUCCGCUCUGUCUUCCUGAAGGACAUCACCAACGCCUACCGCCAGAACCCCAACCUUGAGAACCUCCUCUUCGACGACUUCUUCAAAGCGGCCAUCGCCAAGGCCCAGAACGGCUGGAGAAACGUUGUUAGCAAGGGUGCUCUCUGGGGUAUUCCUACUCCUGCUUUCAGCACUGCUCUCAGCUUCUACGACGGAUACCGCACUCGGGACCUCCCCGCCAACCUGCUGCAGGCUCAGCGUGACUACUUCGGUGCCCACACCUUCCGCAUCAAGCCCGAGCACGCCAGCGAGACCUACCCUGAGGGCAAGGACAUCCACGUUAACUGGACUGGACGUGGUGGUAACGUGUCCGCCUCUACCUACAUUGCUUAAAUUAAACGAGGAUACGACACUGCGCUGGACGUGAAACUCUACCCUGGACCGAGAUGGUAAUAGGAUAAGGCAAAAUUGCGAGGGCUUGUCGGGCUCCCGCAUCACAUAGAAUGAUUAUGAUAAAGUAAAAAGAAAUCGGUUCAUCACCCUGUAUUUAAAUGCUUUAGUCCGCUUUUUAUUGAUGGAAACGGAUUGAAUGAAUAUGUUCUGAUAUUGUUCAUGAUGGAUAGCACAGCGGAUGGCUGAUUCUGCUAGGUUAAGAAGAGUAAGAAGUAUUGACUUGUAGAAAUCAAAGGGCGACUUGCAGCCCCUCUCCAGUACUAAAGUGUGAAGACUGAUGAGGGCCGGCCGUCGUCACGGUAGUGUCUCCGCCCGGACUAAGCUGAAUUGGGAUUGAUUGGUCGUGCACCUGAACGUCGACCUCACCCAACUUAUCGUUAGUGGGUUAGCUGGCAUCCUUUGACGGAGCACCACCACACCUCUCUUUGACUACGCGCCAGCAGUCUGAGACAAUAUCCUCGUCUGCUUGGCCAUACCCUUGUCGACAGGCUUCUUUUCUCCUUCCGUGUUGCUUCCGUCGCUCCUUUUAUCAUAUUCCCAGCUUCCGGCUACGUCCCACCCUGCUUGAUCGGGGCACCAGCUCCUGUUGUUACUGCGAAUCCACAGUAGCUUAUAACCCCGCGGCCGGGAAAUUGUUGCCUGCUACAACUGCAAAAAUCGUCUGGUGUAGCGUAUUG